CCUGUCUGGAAACGCUUACAGGGUGGGUCGCCAUUCUCCAGCCACCAUAUCUUCACCUAAUUAAUAAUUAUACAGCCUUUUGUAUACAUAAUAUCGUCAUCGUUUACACGCCCCAUUUCUGCAUCUGUAUCUCUCUUCAUCUUUAUCUGCAUAAAUUUAAGAGAGAGAAAGAGGAGGAAUGGGGGAAAUGGAGGCGUUGGAGAAGGGCGUGGUUGGCGCCGAUGUCAGAGGGGAGGAGGAGGAGAGGUUGUUGGAAGGGGUGGCUGUGUUGGAUUUCGAUGUGCUGUGCGCGACGGUGGCCAUGCAGGCCCAGAACGGGAAAUGGGGGAAGUUGGUGGAUUUGAACGAUGAAGAGGAUAUCGAUGGGUAUGGAUACGGGAAUGGAGACGGGAGAGGGGCUUUCCGGAUGUGGGAAGGCGAGCUUCUCUAUGAUUGUCUCGAUGAUCGUCGAAUCGCUAUUCAAUCCACUUGUUGUCCAUGCUACAGAUUUGGGAAAAACAUGAAACGGGCUGGUUCUGGGUCUGGUUUAAUUCAGGGAUUUAUUUAUAUGGUCGCUCUCGUGAUUGCCCUUCUAAACAUGUUAGCAUUCGCCAUUACCAAGAGACACUAUUUCCUAUAUAUAGCCAUUGCCUUUACAAUCUCCCUUGGAGCUUAUUUGGGGUUCCACCGAACCCAAAUUAGGAAGAAGUUCAAUAUUAGGGGUAGUGAUAGUUCUUUGGAUGAUUGUGUCUACCAUCUGAUUUGUCCAUGCUGCACCUUAUGCCAGGAGGCAAGAACGUUGGAAAUGAACAAUGUCCAAGAUGGCAUCUGGCAUGGUAGAGGCGAUACAGUAUGUGUAGGAAGCUAUUGUGUAGGUGGUAAGGCGUUGUUUGGAUUAAAUCCUCCCGCUGUCCUCUCUAUGAAGUCCUCUGAACCCAUUGCUCCCCUCAUAGCACCAAACGACACCAAUCAACCAAAUGCUUCUGAUGUUGGACACCCAUCUCCACCUGCCUAAUAUAUAUUCAUUCUGAGCUCGGGCAUCCCUCGUGUGGGGAAAAACAUUAUGGAAAUUAGGUUGGCAAAUGUGCAUCAUGGCCUUCGAUUUCCACACGACAUUUUCUGGUUUUGAAUUGAACUAGACGUGUCGUAAAUACUCCAAUGGGGGAACUCACUCAGAAGACAGAUGAAUUGUUGUGUUUUAGGUCCAUUUAUUCUUAGAGUAGCCACAGCUUUAUAAUGUAUAUAGUUAGGUUGUAUGGUAAUAUGCAAUUGUAAGUUGUGACCUCAUAUAGAGAAGAUAAUAGGUGUUAGUGAAUGGAGUCUCUCUGGCUAUGUCUCCUCUGUAAUAUAUUGUAUUCUGUAUUUCAUACAUAUAUGAGAAGAAUGAAUAAGUAGAGUUUAGGAAAAA